AUGUCUGGCGGGGUCGACUCCUCCGUAACUGCAAAAUUGCUGGCAGAACAGGAUUAUGAUCUAUCUGCUGUCUUCAUGCGUAACUGGGAUACUCGCGAUGAGUCCGGCACGGACGAAGGCUGUGAGUGGAAGAAGGACUGGAAUGACGUCCAACAAGUCUGUCGCCAACUCGACAUACCCUGUACUAUGAUCGACUUGUCGAGAGAGUAUUGGACUCGUGUGUUUGAACCUUCCCUGAAAGCUUGGGAGGCAGGUGAUACGCCUAAUCCUGACAUUUGGUGCAACAAAGAAGUCAAGUUUGGCGCACUUCUCGACCGCCUCACACGCGACACCGAUACUCAAUUCCUCGCCACCGGCCACUAUGCUCGAAAGUCCCACCAUCCAACGACCCAUCGUCCGCACCUUCUCCGAUCUCGCGACCGCACGAAAGAUCAAACAUUCUAUCUCUCAUCCAUCGGUGAACCUAGCCUCGCCAAAUCUAUAUUUCCCCUCCAAGACCUGCUCAAGUCCGAAGUACGGGAGAUUGCGAGCAGAGCUGAAUUAGUCACGGCGAAGAGGGACGAGAGUAUGGGGCUGUGUUUCGUUGGCGAAAAACGGAAGUUUAAUGACUUUUUGGCUUCAUACAUUCCACCAAAACCCGGCCCCAUAAUGGACCUCAGCACAGGUGAAAUACUUGGCGAGCAUCAAGGCCUAUGGACUUAUACCAUUGGCCAAGGCGCCAAACUCGCGGGCAUGUCUAAGAAGACGUUCGUAUGUCGGAAGGACAAGGAGAGGAACGCGAUUUACGUUGUCCAGGGAGGGAACGAGAACCUUUGGGUCUCGAAGAUUCGUUCAAGACACUGGAGUUGGAUAUCCCCCGACGAGGUUCUUCCCGGAGUUGAUACAAGAAGAGGAUUGAGGGCGAGAACGCAGUUUAGGCAUAGGAUGACGGAUGUGGGAUGUUCGGUGACCAGGUCGAAUGACGGCGGGAUCACCAUUACGUUCGACGAACCGCAGAAGGCUGUUGCGACCGGACAAACGGCGGUGCUUUGGGAUGGAGAUCGAUGUCUUGGGUGUGGUAAUAUCGUCGAUGUCGAGGUAGCUGGUCCCAAUACGACAUUGGGGUAG